AUGGACACCCGUCGCAACAUUAUGGCAGGGUUUGCGGAUGUAGUUGGGAUUCCAAAUGUGAUUGAUGCCAUUGAUGGAUCACAUGUUGAAAUUACGAAGCCAGGCCCAACAGAAGAAAGGCCGUUCAUUAACAGGAAGGGAAGGGCAUCCAUAAAUGUAAUGGCAGUUUGUGAUAAUAAAGAAUGGCCGGGCUCUGCGCAUGACAGUUUUGUUUUUCGAGCGUCUUCGCUACAGGACUUUCUGGAGGAAAAUAUUCAUACACUUGAAGAUGGUGUUCUACUUGUUGACAGCGGAUAUGCUUGUUCGCGUUACAUGUUGACGCCGUACAGAGUCUCUGAUACACCGGUGAAAACCAGAUUCAACAGAGCCCACUGCCGUUCGAGGGUUGUUAUAGAAAGAACAUUUGGUAGAUGGAAGAGAAGAUUCUCCGUCAUGUGCAAGAAGGUAAGGAAGACACCCGCUCAAGCAUGUAGAGAGAUUGUCGCUUGCGCAGUAUUGCAUAACAUUGCCAUAUUGUUUGGUGAACCUGACGUUGAUGACGGCGAUGUGGAUGAACUUCCACUUAUACCCUAUGUUGGUGGUGAAAAUGGAUUUGCCAUCCGUGACCAUAUUGCGCAGGCCUAUUUUGGAUAG